AUGAACACAGAAAAUAGCAUAUUCUUAUCAAAUUUGAUGAAAAGCACCAACAUGUCUGAAUUGAAAUACGACUUUUCAUGUGAACUGUACCGAAUUUCUACGUAUUCGACUUUCCCCCCUGGAGUUCCCAUCUCAGAAAGGAGUCUUGCUCGGGCUGGUUUUUAUUACACUGGUGUGAACGACAAGGUCAAAUGCUUCUGUUGCGGUCUGAUGCUGGAUAACUGGAAACAAGGAGACAACGCUAUUGAAAAGCAUAAAAAGCUGUAUCCCAGCUGCAGCUUCAUUCAGAAUCUAAGUUCAUUUAGUGGUCUGGGAGCCACCUCUCAGCCUGUGUUUUCUUCUUCAGUGAUAAACUCCACACAUUCAUUACUACCAAGUUUGGAAAACAGUGGCUACUUCAGCGGCUCUUAUUCAAGCUUUUCGUCAAACCCUGUGAACUCCAGUGCAAAUCAAGCCUUUUCUGCCUUGAGGACAAGCCCCUACAGUUGUGCAAUGAAUACUGAAAAAGCCAGGUUACUUACUUUCCAGAUGUGGCCGUUGACCUUUCUAUCACCAACAGAUCUGGCAAAAGCAGGCUUUUACUAUGUAGGACCUGGAGACAAAGUGGCUUGCUUUGCCUGUGGUGGAAAACUGAGCAAUUGGGAACUGAAGGAUGACGCUAUGUCAGAACACUUGAGACAUUUUCCCAACUGUCCGUUUUUAGAAAAUCAGCUUCAAGAAUCUUCAAGAUACACUGUUUCUAAUCUGAGCAUGCAGACACAGGCAGCUCGCUUUAAAACAUUCUGUAACUGGCCGGCUAGUGUUCCAGUUCAUCCCGAGCAGCUUGCAAGUGCUGGCUUUUAUUAUAUGGGUCAUAGCGAUGAUGUCAAAUGCUUUUGCUGUGAUGGUGGACUGAGGUGUUGGGAAUCUGGAGACGAUCCAUGGGUGGAACAUGCUAAGUGGUUUCCAAGGUGCGAGUACUUGAUACGAAUUAAAGGACAAGAGUUCAUAAGUCGAGUUCAAGCCAGUUACCCUCAUCUGCUUGAACAGCUGUUAUCUACUUCAGACACUCCAGAAGAUGAAAAUGCAGAGUCACCAAUUAUUCACUUUGGACCUGGUGAAAACCAUUCAGAAGAUGCAGUCAUGAUGAAUACACGUGUAGUUAAAGCUGCCCUGGAAAUGGGCUUCAGCAGAAGGCUGGUAAAACAGACAGUUCAGAGUAAAAUCCUCAUGACUGGAGAAAAUUAUAAGACCAUCAGUGAUCUUGUAUUAGAUUUACUUAAUGCAGAAGAUGAACUGAGAGAAGAGGAGAAAGAAAGAGAAACCGAGGAAAAAGAAUCAGAUGAUCUAUCAUUAAUUCGGAAGAAUAGAAUGGCACUUUUUCAACAUUUGACUUGUGUGCUUCCAAUCCUGGAUAGUCUAAUGAUUGCCAGAGUAAUUAAUGAACAAGAAUAUGAUGUUAUUAAACAGAAAACACAGACACCUCUACAAGCAAGAGAGCUGAUUGAUACUAUUUUAGUAAAAGGAAAUAGUGCAGCUGCCAUAUUCAGAAGCUCUCUACAAGAAAAUGACCCCGUGUUAUACAAGAAUUUAUUUGUGCAACAGGACAUAAAGUAUAUUCCCACAGAAGAUGUUUCAGAUCUACCAAUGGAAGAACAAUUGAGGAGAUUACAGGAAGAAAGAACAUGUAAAGUGUGUAUGGACAAAGAAGUGUCCAUAGUGUUUAUUCCUUGUGGUCAUCUAGUAGUAUGCAAAGAAUGUGCCCCGUCUCUAAGAAAAUGUCCUAUUUGUAGAGGCACAAUCAAGGGUACAGUUCGUACGUUUCUUUCAUGAAAAAGAGCCAAAACUUUGUCUAAACUUUUGGAAUUAAUGAACUGAAAUGGAUUGUAAUUUUAAUUUUUAUACUCAUUUGGUUUCUUUUAAAACUUCUAUUUAUUUACAACUCGGAAAAAUGGUUUUUUUAUAAAUAUUAUAUAAAUAUUAAUAUAUAAAUGUGUAUCUAAAACACACACAUGUUCUAGAUACCAAGAGAAUAAUAGGCUUUUGUUCUUGUGAACAAAAAAUAGAGCUACCACUACAAACACAGUACCAAAUCCAAACAUCAGCAUUACUGAAAUUGUAAAUGAAAUAAAUUUAAGAUUUUUGAGUUAACCUUACAGAAUUUUAAAUAUUUUGGAAUUGGAUUAAGAGCCAGGAACACAGAUUCUCUCUUUCAAUCAGUGUCCUGUACAUAGGUCUCAGUAUUUGUUGAAUGACUUUUCUGUGGCAUGAUGACUAAGGCUGUUUUUUGUAAAGAAUUCUGUGAGGAGCAAUUUAAUAAAGUAAAAAAAAAAAAAUUA